GCGGCGGCCCCUUUAAACGCGGAGCCUGGGGUGCGAUGAACGCGCGCCUCUCUGCUGCCCCCUCCCCGCCUCACUGCGGUGACAAAUCCGCUCCCGCCUCCGCCGAGCCCAGCCGAGCCGAGCCCAGCCGAGCCGGGCGGCGCCGGGAAGCGCUGCCGCGCGGCUCUGCACCGCCCGCCCGCCCGCCGCGGAGCCCGGCCAGCCCCAGCCCCAGAGCCCCCGGCGGCGCCACAGCAGGGAGAGGCGAGGGGCGCGAUGGAGGCUCCGCGCCUGGCGCACACCAUGAGCAGCCCCACGAGCCCCUGCGAGGAGGUGAUCAAGAACCUGAGCCUGGAGGCGAUUCAGCUCUGCGAUAGGGACGGGAAUAAAUCACAAGACAGUGGCAUCGCAGAGAUGGAGGAACUUCCAGUCCCACACAACAUCAAAAUAAGUAACAUCACAUGUGAUUCCUUCAAGAUUUCUUGGGAGAUGGAUUCUAAAUCCAAGGACCGCAUUACUCAUUACUUCAUUGAUCUCAACAAGAAAGAAAACAAGAACUCCAACAAAUUUAAACACAAGGAUGUACCCACUAAAUUGGUGGCCAAAGCUGUUCCUUUGCCUAUGACAGUCCGCGGGCACUGGUUCUUGAGCCCAAGAACAGAAUACACAGUAGCGGUGCAGACAGCGUCAAAGCAAGUUGAUGGCGAUUAUGUUGUUUCUGAGUGGAGUGAAAUCAUCGAGUUUUGCACAGCAGAUUAUUCAAAAGUUCACCUAACACAGCUAUUGGAAAAAGCUGAAGUGAUUGCCGGCCGUAUGCUUAAACUGUCUGUUUUUUAUCGGAAUCAGCACAAAGAAUACUUUGAUUACAUCAGAGAGCACCAUGGGAAUGCUAUGCAGCCCUCUGUUAAGGAUAACAGUGGCAGCCAUGGCUCUCCGAUCAGCGGGAAGCUGGAAGGCAUCUUCUUCAGCUGCAACACUGAGUUCAACACCGGGAAGCCACCGCAAGAUUCACCUUACGGAAGAUACAGGUUUGAGAUUGCAGCUGAAAAACUCUUCAACCCAAAUACUAACUUGUACUUUGGAGACUUCUACUGCAUGUACACAGCCUACCACUACGUCAUUCUCGUCAUCGCCCCUGUUGGAUCACCAGGAGACGAAUUCUGUAAGCAGCGCCUUCCUCAACUAAACAUAAAAGAUAAUAAAUUUCUGACCUGCGAUGAAGAAGACGGCGUCAUGGUUUACCAUCAUGCCCAGGAUGUUAUUUUGGAAGUAAUUUACACUGAUCCUGUGGAUCUCUCCCUCGGCACAGUUGCGGAAAUUACUGGUCACCAACUGAUGAGCUUGUCUACUGCCAAUGCAAAGAAAGAUCCCAGCUGCAAGACCUGCAAUAUCAGUGUUGGACGUUAAAACCUCCCCCGUUACUUAGGAGCCUUCAAACCUCUGUUGCCCAUUUCCAUAGUCAGCCGUUUUUGUCAGAAGCAUGCACAUGUCGCUCUCACCAAAAGCAAACAUGAGUCUUCAAAAUCUCCGAUAGCGUUUUUAGUAUUUCUUCUUUCCCUCUUUCCCUUCUGUUCCCCUGAUGCUUUAAAUGAUUAGAAGUCCUGGAUUUCUUUCUGGCAACCAUUUAUACCUAGAUGCUGCAACAAUUGUUUUCUGUUUCUUGCCAAACAUAACAAAAUCCUAUAUAAACUGCUUUAGCAAAAGAAAAAAAUAAUGGCUUAUAAAUGGUGUUUAAAUAUGCAUUCAUUUUAACUACUGAACAAGUACCGGGAUAACUCCAAACAGCAUGAAAGGUUGUAAUUGCAGCAUGAGUUAAAUUUCAAAGCCUAGAAAUGUCAGCACUUCCAACGUGUUGUUUGACAGUGUUAUUUAUGUUAUUUAUAUUAGCUAACUGAAAACAGAAACUGUGUCUCGACAUAAUAAAUAUAAUAGAAAAAUAUUUUAUUUGUACUGUUGUAUAAAAUAUUAUACAAUCAUAUAGAAUAUAUAGAUUACAUUUUAAUAUCAAUUGUAUACAUAUGUCAUGAAAUCAUUUUCCCUUAUCAAAGAUGUAGUUUGUAAACUUCAAAUAGCUCUGUAUCUGUUCCUGUUGCUCUAGAUGACUUUAAUUAAAACAGAUUUACGAAGGAGACAAUUUCUGAUUCAUAAAAGUUACAAAUUAUUGAGUCGGUACACUGGAACAACAAACCUCUGAGAAAUAAAAAAUCCCUUUUUUAGUGGUCAUACUUUUUCGUCCAAACUACUUGAAAAUGUGUACAUCUUCAAAAUCAUGCCAAGCCAUUACACACAAUAUAAAUACAUAUAUAUUUGAUACAUAAUAGGCUUUAUAAAAUGAAAUCUUCUUAACAAGAUAGAAAACAGGUUGCUUAUACUAUGUGGUCAAUACAAAAUUGACAGUUAAAGCAAAACACUAAACAUGAUUCAAGUGCCUUUUUUUUUUUCAGAUUCAUUUCUAUUACAAAAAACCACUCAUAACCCUUCUGUUAAUAGUCCACUUUUCACACAAAUGGUCUAUCACAAAUAGUGAAAAAAUCUUAAUAUUACAAAGUGUGGUGCUCUGAAAGUUAAGAAAGAUGCAUAAUUCCAAUGGAAAAAUAACUUCUUUUAAAUAAUCUUUUUUCUUUUAAUAAACAAGAAGUCUAAGGUUCCUCAUCAGAUAACUGUGACACUCAAUUAUAUACCAUGUACUUUAUCUAUCCAAAAUAUCUUAGCAUAAUGCAAUAAUCUAGUCUUGUUUAUAUAUAUAUAUAUAUAUAUGUGGCAAUUUAUUACACAAGAAAUACUUGGACAUUUUACAAAGUGCAUGCGUCUAAACAAGCUUUGGUAGUUAGAAAAGUAAAUGUUACAGCAUCAGGCAAAAUAAAGUGCGAAGUUUAAUACAGAAAUCAAAAUUAGCAUGUAAUAAUUGAUCUAUUUACUGAAUUUUAAGUACCGCAAGCCAGGUCCUGUGAACCAUUGUGAAAAGGACAGCAGCCAAUAUGUUUGUUUUAUUUCUUCUCAGUAAACCGUAAUUGUUUCA